AUGUUGCACCUGCCACUUGUAUUGCUAGCUGCUCUGUUUCCAGGUGGUGUCAGUCAGGAUGAUUUCCAGGGGCCAACCUCUUUCCAUGUCAUCCAAAUCUCAUCCUUUGCCAAUAGCACCUGGGCAAAAACUCAAGGAUCAGGCUGGUUGGAGGAUUUGCAGAUUCAUGGCUGGAAUUUUGACUCAGGCACUGCCAUAUUCCUAAAGCCCUGGUCUAAAGGAAAUCUCACUGAUGAGGAGGUAAAAGAGCUGGAGGAGAUAUUCCGAGUCUACCUUUUUGGAUUCAUUGGAGAAGUGCAAGAACGUGUCAGUGAAUUUCAGAUGGAAUACCCCUUUGAGAUCCAGGGCAUAGCAGGCUGUGAGCUGCAUUCUGGAGGUGCCAUUGUAAGCUUCUUGAGGGGAGCUUUAGGAGGAAUGGAUUUCCUAAGUGCCAGCAAUAACUCAUGUGUACCUGCCCCAGAAGGUGGCAAAAGGGCACAGAAGUUCUGCACAUUAAUUCUUCAGUAUAAAGGUAUCUGUGAUACUGUGGAGAAACUCCUCUUAGAAACCUGCCCCAAAUACCUCUUGAGUGUUCUGGAAGCAGGGAAGGCAGAUCUGCAGAGACAAGUGAAGCCUGAGGCCUGGUUGUCCAGUGGCCCUAGUCCUGGGCCUGACCAUCUGCAGUUGGUGUGCCAUGUCUCUGGCUUCUAUCCAAAGCCAGUGUGGGUGAUGUGGAUGCGUGGUGAGCAGGAGCAGCUGGGCACUCAGAGAGGUGACUUCCUCCCCAAUGCUGAUGGGACAUGGUAUCUCCGAGCAACCCUGAAUGUGGCAGCUGGAGAGGCAUCUGGCCUGACCUGCCGGGUGAAGCACAGCAGUCUAGGAGGGCAGGACAUCAUCCUCCAAUGGGGACACUCCAUCUCCAUUGGUUUGAUAAUUCUGGCAAUAAUAGUGCCUUGUUUGAUCUUUCUGCCAUGUCUUGCAAUAUGGUUUUGGAGGCGCUGGUCAUAUCAGGAUAUCCAAUGA